AAACUGCGUCCACUCAAAGUUGCAAGGGAGAGCAGGCCCAGCCCAAACUGCUUCCUCUGACUGCCUGGAAGGAAGUUCGGAUGCCGCAUCAAACAAAACCUCCACCGCGCCAGCGACGGCGGAGGAAGGAAGAAGGAGCAGAGAAAUAAAAGAACCAUCGGAGACGGAAAUAGUUGCCCCUCGAACAGUAGUGCAAAAAUGGCGUCUCCAGCAGCUGUUAGAGAAUUGCAGCGGGAUCUGGAAAACAAAGCGAACGAUCUCAGUAGAAUCCAGAAAGAUAUCGCGAAGAAUCACCAAGUGAGGAAGAAGUACACUAUUCAGCUUGGCGAGAAUGAGCUCGUGCUUAAGGAGCUGGAACUGUUGAAGGAGGAAGCCAAUGUUUACAAGUUGAUCGGUCCGGUGCUGGUGAAGCAGGACUUGGCGGAGGCAAAUGCCAAUGUCCGCAAGAGGAUUGAGUAUAUCUCAGCUGAAUUGAAGCGACUUGAUGCAACUGUUCAGGAUCUGGAAGAAAAGCAGAACAGCAAGCGAGAGGCGGUCUUGAAGGUACAACAAAGAAUGCAAGCUCUUCAGGCUGGAAAAGCAAAAGCGUGAUCGAUGGACGUGUUUGUUUCCUCGGGCACUCUUCAGCUGCCCUAUUUGCUUAAUGCAGGGGAUCUGAUGCAGUACGUACUAGUUUCUGAUCGAAAGCUGUAUACUUUUUCCGAUCCCUUUGGAUGUUGCAAGUUGUGACUAGCAUUACAGAAAGAGCGUUUCUAUAGAGCUAUGCCACAUGACCCUUCUUUUGGUUGAUGAUUGAAUCUGUACAUCCGGGCUGCGGCCCCAGCAUGUAUGGGGUAAAAUAGACAUUUGGGAGGUGAUCUGUCUUGUAUGGGACGAGGAAACCUCUCCCAGAAUGUGAGUGCGGAUCUGGUGACUAAGGGGGGUGCU